AUGUCGUGGCGUGUGGGUUCAGGCGGCAGGAUGAUACUGGCCAAGCUCCUCCUUCCCCUCCUCGUCCUCCCCCCACUCUGUGAAGGCUCCAACCAGCCUCCACGCUUCCUCAACUACUUCUUCUCUACCUACCUGCUCAUCUACGAGGACAUGCCUGUCGGUUCCUCGGUGGCCCAGCUGAAGGCGACAGACCCCGAGGGCGAGCCGCUGAUGUACGGCGUCUCCGGAGAGGAAGCCAUGAGGUAUUUCUCUGUGAACAAAGACACAGGCGUGGUGUGGCUCCGACAGCAGCUCGACAGGGAGGCCAAAUCUGAGAUGCAGGUGGAGUUCUACGUGAGCGACAUCCAGGAGGUGGUCAAAGACACGGUGAACAUCCAGAUAGGAGACGUCAACGAUAAUGCGCCCAUCUUUCACGGACAGCCGUACACCGUCCACAUCCCAGAGAACACGCCUGUGGGCAGGUCAGUGUUCAUGGUCAACGCCACCGAUCCAGAUCAGGGCACCGGGGGCAGCGUCCUUUUCUCCUUCCAGCCGCCUUCUCCGUUCUUCGCCAUCGACGGCGCCCGAGGCACCGUCACCGUCAUCAAACCGCUCGACUACGAGACGACGUCAGCAUAUCAGCUGACCGUCAAUGCCACGGACCAGGACAAAGCUCGGCCUCUGUCCCGUCUGGCUAACUUGGCGAUCAGCAUCACGGACGUCCAGGACAUGGACCCCAUCUUCACCAACCUGCCCUACAGCACCAACAUCGAGGAGGACGUCCCUCUGGGCUACGAGGUGAGGAAGAUAACGGCCAUCGACCAGGAUCUGGGCCGGCCCAGAGGAAUCGGCUACACCAUCAUCUCAGGAAACACUAACAGCGUGUUUGCGUUGGACUACAUCAGCGGCUCUCUGACGGUGAACGGGCAGCUGGACAGAGAGAACCCACUGUACUCUGCCGGAUUCACGCUUACUGUCAAGGCGACGGAGCUGAAGGAUGACCGGAGCCCGUCAGACGCCACCGUGAUGACCACGUUCACCAUCCUGCUCAUCGAUAAAAACGACAACGCUCCAAAGUUCAACAGCUCAGAGUACAGGGUCCGGAUCACCGAACUGGCCCAGGUCGGCUUCGCUCUGCCGCUCUUCAUCCAGGCCGAGGACAAAGACGAGGGUGUGAACAGCAUGUUUCAGGUGUUUCUGACAGGCAACAACUCCGAGUUCUUCACCAUCUCGCCCACGGCGGUGCAGGGCCGUGCAGACAUCAGGAUGAGGGUGGCCAUGCCUCUGGACUACGAACACAUCCGCAGAUACAGCUUCUCUCUCUAUGCCAACGAGUCCAUGUCAGACCACGUGGGAUUUGCUCGAGUCUUCAUCGAGUUGAUCAACGAGAACGAUAACCGCCCCAUCUUCAGCCGACCGCUCUACAACAUCAGCCUCCCGGAGAACACGCCGCCGGGAACGUCGCUGCUCAGGAUAACGGCCACAGAUGGAGACGCAGGAACCUUUGGGGUCGUACGGUACUACUUCAGUGACGAACCUGACCAGUUUUCAUUGGACGAGGAGACGGGCUGGGUCAUCCUGCGGGCUUCUUUGGACUACGAGCUGAUGAGGCGUUUCACGCUGACCGUGCUGGCAAGGGACGGUGGUGGCGAGGAGACGACAGGAAGGAUCCGUGUGAACGUGCUGGACGUGAACGACAACGCUCCGCUCUUCCAGAAGGAGGCGUACGUGGGUUCUCUGAGGGAGAAUGAGCAGGCCGUGCAGCCGGUCGCUCGCAUCAGGGCCACUGACGAGGACUCUCCUCCUAACAACCUCCUGACCUACUCCAUCACUGCCGCCUCAGCCGUCCCGGACUUCUUCAGCAUCGUCAUGGUAGAGGGAUACGCAGUGAUCAGUGUAACCCGCCCCCUGGACUACGAGCAGGUUCCUAACGGGGUAAUCCACCUCACCGUGAUGGCGAGAGACGGAGGAAACCCCGCCCUCAACAGCACUGUACCCGUCAUCGUGGAGGUGAUUGAUGAAAAUGAUAACCCGCCGGAGUUCAGCCAGCCGUCCUACAUCGUCAAAAUCCCCGAGAACAUCAUCGCAGGAGCGACCGUCCUGCUGGUGAAUGCGUCUGAUCUGGACGCCUCUCGAGAGUUCGGCCAGGCGUCCCUCAUCUACUCCCUGGAGGGAUCGUCUCAGUUCAGGCUCAACUCACGCUCAGGUGAGAUCACGACCACGGCCCUGUUGGACCGCGAGCUGAAGUCAGAGUACAUCCUGAUCAUCAGGGCCGUUGAUGGAGGGGUGGGGCCUCAGCAGAAGACUGGCAUCGCCACGGUGAACAUCACCAUCCUGGACAUCAACGAUAACGCCCCCAUGUGGAGAGACGAGCCAUAUCACGCCAACGUGGUGGAGAUGAGUCCCAUCAACACCGACGUCAUCUCUGUGUUAGCCAUGGACCCUGAUAACGGACUCAAUGGGACGGUGGUGUACAGCAUCAGUCCAGAGAACCCGUUCUACACCAUCAACAGCAGCACCGGAAAGAUCCGCACCAGCGGGGUCACUCUGGACCGAGAGAGCUCCAACCCAGGGCACGCGGCCUUAAUGAGGACCAUUGUCAUCUCAGCUAUGGACCGCGGCAGCCCCCCUCUGCGUGCGUCAGCGAGUACCACAGUGUUUGUGAACCUUCUGGAUCUAAACGACAACGAUCCGGACUUCAUCAAUCUGCCGUCUGUGGCCGAGGUCCCUGAGGGUCUGCCUGUGGGAUCCUCAGUGUUUAAGGUCCAGGUGGAGGACCCAGACCAGGAUAAGAACGGUCAGAUCACUUUGGCGCUGCAGGUCGGGAUGCCCCGCCUCGACUUCUACCUGAACACGUCCACAGGUGUCCUGACGUCCACGGCUGUGCUGGACCGAGAGCAGAUCGGACAGUACCACCUGAGAAUCAUCGCCUUUGAUGCCGGGAAGUUCCCCCGCACGUCCACAUCGACGCUGACCGUCACAGUACUCGACAUGAACGAUGAGACGCCGACCUUCAGCCCGUCCGUCUACAAUGUGUCCCUUAAGGAGAGCGUCCCCAGAGACCACGUGGUCGCUCGUCUCAGCUGCACGGACGACGACGCCGGUCUCAACGCCGAGCUCAGCUACUUUAUCACAGGAGGGAAUCAGGACGGUAAAUUCAGCGUGGGGUUCAGAGACGGCGUGGUUCGGACGGUGGUCGGUCUGGACAGAGAGACUCAGGCGGCGUACGUGCUGGUGGUGGAGGCUAUAGAUAACGGCCCUGCAGGCAGCAGGAGGACGGGGACAGCCAUGGUUUCUGUGGAGGUCCAGGACGUCAACGACAACAGACCCAUCUUCCUCCAGAACAGCUACGAGACCAGCGUGCUGGAGAGCGUCCCCAGAGGAACCAGCAUCCUGCAGGUUCAGGCGACAGAUGCAGAUCAGGGGGAGAACGGCAGAGUCCUUUACAGGAUCCUCAGUGGUAACAGCAACAGUUUGUUCAAUAUCGACCGUCAGUCCGGCCUUCUCACUCGCGGUCAGCGAUCUCUGGACAGAGAGACCAGCAGCUCCCAUGUGCUGGAGGUCGAAGCGUUCAACAGCGACGAAGGCAGCAUGAGGAGCUCUGUGAGGGUCAUCAUCUAUGUGGACGACGCUAACGACGAGGUUCCCGUCUUCACGCAGCAGCAGUACAACCGUCUGGGCCUCAGAGAGACCGCCGGCAUCGGCACGUCUGUGAUCGUGGUCAGAGCGACCGACCCGGACAGCGGUGAUGGCGGCGCCGUGGCGUAUGCUCUGGUCUCGGGCUCAGACAAGAAGUUUGAGGUGGACGUCAGCACGGGUCUGGUGACCACGGUGGACUACCUGGACUACGAGACCAAGACGUCGUACCUGAUGAACGUGUCGGCCACAGAUCAGGCUCCGCCCUUCCACCGCGGGUUCUGCACGGUGUACGUGACCCUGCUGAAUGAGCUGGAUGAGGCCGUGAUGUUCUUCUCAGCCGGGUACGAGGCAUCUCUGAGAGAGAACAUCGCAACGGGAACGGAGGUGGUCCAGGUCCAGGCCCAGUCUGCAGACAACCUGAACCAGCUGACGUACCGCUUUGACCCUGAUACCUCACCUGCUGCGCUCGCCCUGUUCAAGAUCGACAGUGUCACGGGACGUAUUACGGUGACUGGCCUGUUGGACAGAGAAAAAGGAGAUACGUACACACUGACAGUGGUGGCUGAUGAUGGAGGACCAAAGAAAGACUCCACUGUGAAGGUGUCCAUCACCAUCCUGGACGAGAACGAUAACAGUCCAGAGUUAGACAUCACCUCAGACACCUCAGUGGACAUCACAGAGAACACGGAGAUGGGGAAAAAGGUGGCCGUGGUCCUGGGGAGGGACAGAGAUGCCGGACUGAACGGACUGGUGAACUUCACUCUGGUGGCAGGAAACAUGGAGGACGUGUUCAUGAUAAAAACGGUGAACCACACCUACGGCGAGGUCUACGUCAACGCUCCUCUGGACCGGGAGUCUGUGGACCGAUACCUGCUGAAGGUGCGUGCCAUCGAUAACGGCUCUCCCCCCCGACACACUGACCACGCCCUCACCAUCAACAUCCUGGACGUCAAUGACAACGCCCCGGUCAUCGAGAGCCCCAGAGGGUACAACGUGAGCAUCAGCGAGAAUGUCGGCGGCGGGACAUCCGUCCUGCGUGUUACGGCCACCGACAGAGACAUUGGGCCCAACGCCAUGUUGUUUUAUUACAUCACGGCAGGGAACCAGGACCUGACCUUCAGGAUGGACCGCGUGACCGGGGAGAUGGUGACCCGACCCGCUCCCCCCGACAGAGAGCGCCAGCAGGAGUACCGCCUCAUCGUUACCGUGGAGGACGACGGCACGCCGCCUCUGUCGACGUCCACCACCGUCCACGUCCUCAUCGUGGAUGAGAAUGAUAACGCCCCAGAGUUUCCAGAGGAAGAGUACGUCACUGUGCUGAGUGAGGGGCCUGACACCGUGGGGGCCACCAUCGCCACGGUUACAGCCAUCGACCCGGACGAGGGGCCAAACGGGACCCUGAGAUACGCCAUCGCCCACGGCAACCUCAUCCAGACGUUUCACAUCAACAGCAUCACGGGGAGGAUCACGGCUGUGAAGGAUCUGGACUAUGAGGUCAGCGGAGGUCAUUACUCUCUGGUUGUCACGGCGACGGAUCAGUGUCCACUUCCAUCUCUGCGUCUGACGUCCAGCACUACGGUGUUGGUCAACGUCCUGGAUGUGAACGAUGUGACCCCCACCUUCCCCCGUGCCUAUGAGGGGCCCUUUGAGGUAACAGAGGGCCAGCCGGGGCCCCGGGUGUGGACGCUGAGAGCAAGCGAUGAAGACUCUGGUCUGAAUGGCAAAGUGGAGUACAGCAUCACAGCGGGGGACCAUCAGAAUGAGUUCAUGGUGUCUCCAGUAGAGGGCGAGCUACGCGUGAGGAAGGAUGUGGAGCUGGACCGAGAGACGACGGCGUUCUACAACAUCACAGUGACCGCCAGAGACCUGGGGACACCGCCACGCAACAGCUCUGUGGUGGUUGGUGUCCGUGUCAGAGACAUCAACGAUAAUGACCCCGUCCUGCUGAACCUCCCUCACAACACCAGUGUCAGCGAGGGAGCGUCCAUCCACACCUCAGUGGCUCGAGUCCGAGCGAGAGACACCGACAGCGGACGAAACGCUCUGCUGACGUACAACAUCACGGCAGGGAACCUGGACGGAGCGUUCUACAUCAACGACACGACAGGUGUGGUGCAGGUGAACAGACCUCUGGACAGAGAGAGAGUGUCCGAGUACAGACUGACCAUCACCGUCAAAGAUAACCCCGAGAACCCACGCACUGCCAGACGGGACUCGGACUUGUUGUUGAUCUCCAUUCUGGACGAGAACGAUAACCGUCCGGUGUUCUCACGGAGCAGCUACAGAGCAGAGAUCACCGAGAACUCUGCAGCAGGUAGAACACACCUUUGCAGCACUGUUUCAGUGUUAAACGGUCCAAUCCUGGCUGAGGACAGAGACAUUGGAGCCAACGCCAUGGUAAAGUACCACCUGCUGGGAUCCAGGGUGGACCUGUUCAUGGUGGACUCUGACACAGGUGUGAUCAGAGUCCGUCAGGGGGCCAGAUUAGACCGAGAAGCCUUUGUGGAGCCCCGGGUUGAGCUCUUUGUGGUCGGGGUGGAUGUGGGCGGGUUAAACAGCAGCGUCCCGCUCACCAUCACCAUCCUGGACCAGAACGACAACCCGCCUGUGUUCAACCCUUCAAGUUUCAGUGUCCGCCUACCUGAGAACAGCCCAACAGGUGUGGUGGUCACUCAGCUGUCGGCCACAGACGCUGACUCGGGCUCUAACGGUUGGCUCACCUAUCGUCUAGAGAGCGGCGCCCAGGAUCGCUUCGUGGUCGAUGCACUCUCUGGCGCCGUCCUGGUGGGAAACACAACGCUUGACAGGGAGGAUCGAGGGUCCUACCGCCUGGUCGUCAUGGCAACAGACCGUGGCACGCCUCCCAUGUCAGGUACAGCUACCCUGACGGUCAUCCUGGACGAUGUUAACGACUCGAGGCCUCGUUUCAUCGAACCUGUGACCAUGAUCAACGUCAACGAGUCGACGCCGCCUGGUGUGGUUGUCGCCACGCUGACCGCUGAGGACCCUGACCUCCAUCCCCGCCUAGAGUAUUAUAUCAUUUCAGUGGAAGCAAAGGAUGAUGGGAACAACCCGGUGGACGGGCUGCAGGAGUCAUUUGGUAUCGACCUGCACACCGGUGCCGUGUUUGUACGCAACCCACUAAACAGAGAGAUGGUUGCUACAUUUGAGAUCAUUGUGUCUGUCCAUGACAACGCCAGUGAGGUCAUCGAUAAAUCAGGAAGUGUCCCUAACGCGCGGUUGACCAUCAACGUGUUAGACGUGAAUGAUAAUGCUCCUCGGUUCCGGCCCUUCGGAGUCUCAAACUUCACAGAGAAGAUUCUAGAAGGAGCCCAGCCGGGCACCACGCUGCUGUCAGUGUCCGCCGUCGACCCCGAUAAAGGUCCCAAUGGUCAGGUGAUCUACCAGCUGCUGCACCUGCCUCGUGGGGGGUACGUCCGCCUGGAAGACCCCUCUACAGGUAAGAUUGUAGCCAAUCAGACGGUGGACUUUGAGCAGGUUCAGUGGCUGAAUUUUACAAUCAGAGCUCAGGAUCACGGCACUCCUCCGAGGAUUGCGGAGCUGCCCGUCUACCUGAGGAUUGUCGACGUGAAUGACAACAACCCCGUGUUCCUGCAGCCGUCCUAUCAGGAGCCGGUGUUUGAGAACGUGGACCUGGGCACCGUCAUCAUCAAGGUCAGCGCAAUGGACGCAGACUCGGGCCUGUUUGCUGAGGUUGAGUACAGUCUGGUGGACGGGGAGGGAAAGUUCGGCAUCAGGCCGACAACUGGGGAGAUCUACAUCCUUUCUCCUCUGGACCGGGAGACUAAAGAUCACUACACGCUGACUGCCGUAGCCAGAGAUAACCCGGGAGGAAGCUACAGCAACAGACGAGAGAACUCUGUGCAGGUGCUAGUCACGGUCCUCGAUAUCAACGACUAUCGGCCUCGGUUCAUCGAGCGAGUCUUCAACACGAGUGUGUUUGAGAACGAGCCAAGUGGGACUUCGGUGAUAACGGUGAGAGCCGUUGACCUGGACGAGGGAGAAAACGGAGCCGUGCUCUACAGCAUGCUGGGACCUCACGCAGAUGCCUUCUCCAUGGAUCCUAACACAGGUCUGGUGCGUUCUCGCCGCCUGCUGCAGUCGUCUGAGCGUUUUAAUCUGACCGUCGUGGCCACAGAUCAGGGUCGUCCUCCUCUGUGGGGCACUGCAGACCUCAUCAUCACCGUCAUCGACGUCAAUGACAACAGACCUGUGUUUAUCAGACCAGCCAACGGGACCAUCAUACACAUCUUAGAGGAGCAGCCCCCUAACCUCCCCGUCUACGAGGUCUAUGCUACGGACGCUGAUGAGGGCGUGAACGGCGAGGUGAGAUACGCCUUCCUGCAGACUGGAGCAGGGAACAGAGACUGGGAGAACUUCCACAUACACGCUGUGUCUGGAGUCAUCACGACCACGGUGAAGCUGGACCGAGAGAAACAGGCGCUGCUCAGCCUGAUCAUCGUGGCUCGGGAUAUGGGUCAGCCGGUGCCGUAUGAGACCACGCAGCCCCUCCAGGUGGCGCUGCUGGACAUCGAUGAUAACGAGCCAGUUUUCCUGAAACCUCCACGGGGCAGCCUGCCGUACCAGCGGCUGAGCGUACCUGAGCACUCUCCUGCAGGUACGGUGGUCGGUAACGUGACUAGAGCGGUGGACGCAGAUGAAGGAGCCAACGCCGUUGUUUACUACUUCAUAGCAGGAGGAAACUCUGAUGGAAACUUCGGCCUCAGUCUGGACGGAGAGCUCAAGCUGUUCAAAGACCUGGACCGAGAGGAGACCCCGGUCUACUCCAUCAUUGUCAAAGCCUCCAGUAACAAGAGCUGGACUCCUCCCAGAUCUCUGAGGUCAUCGCGACGAGCCCUGGAUCCUGCCCGUGACCCCUCCCUGCUGGAGGUCCGCAUUGAGCUGGAAGACAUCAACGACCAGAAACCACGCUUCACUAAGCCGGAGUACACUGCAGGGGUGGCGGCAAAUGCCAAAGUGGGCUCGGAACUGAUCCGAGUAGUGGCGAUCGAUAACGACAUCGGGAACAACAGUCUGGUUCAGUAUCACAUCGUGACAAUCCGAUACUAUCAAUCACAGAGCAACGGCAGCUUGGACGUGGGCGGCAUCUUCAUCAUUGGUUUGACCGAUGGAAUUAUCCGAACCUACGAACUCUUCACCGCCUACAAUCCUGGCUUCUUUCAGCUCGAGAUCCUGGCGUGCGAUUUCGCCGGACACUGCACCACAGCUAACGUGAACAUCUACAUCCUCCGAGAUGACCAGAGGGUAAAAAUCGUCUUCAACGAGGUCCCUGAUCUGGUGAGAGAAAACCAGGAAGAGUUCAUCGAUCUACUGUCCAACAUCACGGGAGCCAUCGUCAACCUAGACGACAUCCAGUUUCAUGUGGAUAAGAAAGGCCGAGUGGAGUACAGUCAGACCAACAUGCUGAUCCACGUGGUCAACAAUCAAACCAACACCAUCCUGGAUGUGGAAAGAGUGAUCCAGAUGAUCGAUGAGAACAAAGAGCAGCUCAGGAAUCUGUUCAGGAAGUUUAACGUGGUCGACGUUCAGCCUGCUGUCAGUGACAAGCUACCUGAUGACAUCACCACCCUACAGCUCGCCAUCAUCAUCCUGGCCGUGCUGCUGUGUCUGGCUGGAAUCCUGUUUGUCACCAUGAACUGGCAUUACCGCCGAGUACACCAGAGGAAGUUGAAAGCCAUAGUUGCAGGAUCAUCAGGUAAUCAAGGUCUGAUGGAUAUCCUGGACAUGCCCAACACCAACAAGUACUCGUUCGAGGGGGCUAAUCCGGUGUGGUUGGACCCGUUCUGUCGUAACCUGGAGCUCGCCACUCAAGCUGACCAUGAGGACGACCUGCCCGAGAAUCUGAGUGAGAUCACGGACCUGUGGAACAGCCCAGCCCGCACACACGGAACGUUUGGACGAGAGCCUCAGGCCAAACCCGACGACGACCGCUACCUGAGAGCCGCCAUCCAGGAGUACGACAACAUCGCUAAGCUGGGCCAGAUCAUGAGGGAGGGGCCUAUCAAGGGCUCUCUCCUCACGGUGGUCCUGGACGACUACCUGCGGCUGAAAAAGCUCUUCGCCGCUCGACUCGUCACCGUGUCCACGAGUCAGGGGGACCACUCGUCUGUCACUGAGUUGAUCCAGAGCGACCUGGAUGAUGACGAUGACGAGCAUCUUGGUGGUGGUGGAGGCCGGGGCACACUGCGUUUCAAACAUAAACUUCCUGUUGAGCUGAAGGGCCCCGAGGGCGUCCACGUAGUCCAUGGCAGCACUGGGACACUGCUGACCUCUGAUCUCAACAGUCUGCCAGAGGAUGACCAGCGGGCGCUGGCUCGCUCUCUGGAGGCACUGAACUCUGACGGUGGGCUGUACUCAGAACGCAACGCCCGUACCGAGUCGGCCAAGUCCACACCACUGCACCGCCACAAAGACGGGGACCUGGUGUCAGAGAGUCCGCUGGAGAUCACCGAGUUAUGACUAGCAGAGGCCUCGCUGGUCUAGGACCAGCCGACUCCUCGGCGCCCCCCUCAGGACUGGAGGAGUCAGCUUAACCAGUCAGACAGCACAGAGUCAGAAGCCUCUGAUUGGUCAGGGAGGAUCACAUGAUGAGUGCGGAGCUAGUUUAAAGACACAGAGACCUCCUUCCAAAGACCCACCACCUGUGGGAGGAGCUUAUUCUUAAUUCUUAUUUAUUCUUGAGGGUGCCUCAUCCUCACUGAUCGUCUAAACAAAUGGCGGGGGUCGGAGACUGGUUAAGACAAGGCCCACCCACUUGCUGUUACUGGGCUCCUUCCUGUUUAAACAUCUGAUAAUCUGCCGUGAUUGGACGACCUUUUACGAUCUCUGCUUAAUCAGAUUCUCGAUAAUCUUGUCCUGUCUGACAGAAUAAAGACAGAAAUCCAGUCAGGCUGAGGAAAACUAAGGAUCUAUGAAAUAGUUUAAAAUAUUAAUGAUGUCUGAUCAUACUAACAUCUGCUAAUGUUAGCCAUCCUCCUACAUCAACCAAGAGUUUUAUCUAUAAAAACCAAUAAACCAGAUGAGUUACACAUUCUGAUGUUACUGGCAAGACUUGCAUUAACAUUGCUGACCAAGUACUAUUAGUAUGUUUGCUGUUAAGGACCGUUUUAGCUCCUUAACAGGGUCAGAACAUGAGCUGAACCAUGCUGAAAAAAGAACUGUGAUUUAUUCUGGCUCAUACUGUAAAUUCAAUAUGAACUGUUUAACUGAAGGGAUUGAUACUUUUUAUUUUAUUUAAUGUUUGUAUAGAGAAGGGUAUGAAGUAAACCAUUGUUACACACUACUGCAUUUAUAACCAGAGCUAAUAUGCAAAGCCCAUCCCUAUUUAAGCCUUUAAAGACCUAAAA